AUGGACGCGCCAGUAUAUUAUUCCAAGGCCGAAUUCAUCGAAACUGACACAGGAAACAAAGUCUCUCGAAGAGCCACCAUAGCUGGACCUCAGAAUAUCAUUCUCGGAGGAAAGACUAUCAUUUCCAGCGGCGCAAUCAUCCGGGGAGAUCUUCGCAGAACAGGUCCUGGUCAUGCCGUCGUCAUUUCCCUUGGGAGGUACUGCCUCGUUGGCGAGGGUUGCGUGAUGAGGCCACCAUACAAGACGUAUCGCGGAAAUUUCAAUUACUACCCAAUGAAAAUUGGGGACUAUGUUCAUAUUGGUGCCAACAGCGUGGUCGAAGCAGCGACGAUUGGGAAUCAUGUUGUCAUUGGGAAGAAUUGUGUUAUUGGAAAGUUUACGAUUAUCAAAGAUUGCGCGCAGGUCGCAGACAAUACUGUCAUUCCUCCCAACACUGUUAUUCCAGCUCUGGCACUGUUUGCUGGCUCGCCAGGUCGCUUUGUCGAAGACCUACCAGAGUCGACACAAGAAAUGGUUGAAUCCCAGACAAAACAGUACUACAGUCGUUUCCAACCUUUAGAUCGAUGA